AAAAGACAACUGAGGAUCUACCAACUGUGGAAUUUAACUUCUAAUGUACUAACAUAGUUACAUAAACAUUGCCCAUCAUACAUAUUUAUAUCUUAAUUAUUUUAAGGAUUCAUUCAGUUUGUAUUUGUACGACCACGUGUUAUUCGUUACGGCAUUUAUUGCAUUUGGCAAGUAAGUCAAUUCCAGUCACAAUAACUAGCCAAACAGCGUGGACAACAACACCAGCAUUGAUCUUUAUUCGUAAAUAAUAGCUUCACGUAAUAUUUAAUAGUGGUAUCUGCGACACGUAGAAAAAGAACACGUGACCGAAAUCUUUAAAUGGUAAUAAUGAGACAAUGUAAACUACAUGGCUGAGGAAUAAAAACAUUUUAAAAAUAUCAAAUUGUACCUUGCAAACCCUUGCUAAAUAACAUCAAGCUCUGCGUCGAAUUAGUUAACAACUGUGGAUUGAGUUAGCUGGUCCAACAUACGUGCACUCUGUAACAGAGCAAACAUCCGGGUUUUACCUGGGUAUAUUUUUAGGUGUUUAUCCAGACAUCACAUUCGUCAAGAUGAUCGCCAGGAUGAAGUGGUUCCUUCUCUUGCUCUCGGUGGCUGUCCUCAUCGAAGCCGUGCAUUCAAAACUCCUUCCAGGGAGUGGUUGUCGCUGCGAAUGCAAUAGAGAGAGGGUGAGCUACAGGCGGCCGAUCUAUGGGAAACGUGUCUCCAUCAAGCAGAAGUACACUACAAAGUGCGGUUUCUUGGGCUGGAACAGAUGCACUCGAUACAGGACAAAAUGGACAAGCACCAUAACCGGUUACACCACAGGAUAUCGACUUAAAGAAUGUAGUCCAGGUGAUUGUCGUCUUUGUCCUCCCGGUUGGCCUCGAGAAGCUGUCAGACCGGGAAUAGACUAUCGACGUUCCAUCGUUCGACAAUUUUUAAAGAAAUAA